AUGGAAGAGUAUGAGUACGGACAGCCACACCAAAGUAGCAUAGCUCCAUACAUUGAUGACUCUCAUCCUGGAUACAAGCUCUUUGUGGGAGGAUUAUCCUGGGAGACGACCCAGGAUAAUUUACAAAGAUACUUCUCCAGAUAUGGUGAAGUAAUUGACUGUGUAGUCAUGAAGAAUGCAGAAUCUGGAAGAUCGAGGGGAUUUGGCUUUGUCACAUUUUCAGAUCCAGCCAAUGUAAAUGUUGUUUUACAGAAUGGACCACAUACUCUGGAUGGAAGGACAAUUGAUCCCAAACCAUGCAACCCAAGAACAUUGCAGAAGCCAAAGAAAGGUGGGGGUUAUCCCAAAGUAUUUUUGGGAGGUUUGCCAUCGAAUGUUACUGAAACUGACCUCAGAAGUUUUUUCACAAGAUUUGGAAAGGUUAUGGAAGUAGUUAUUAUGUAUGAUCAAGAAAAGAAAAAAUCAAGAGGAUUUGGUUUCCUAUCCUUCGAGGAUGAGGAAGCAGUUGAUAGAUGUGUACAAGAGCAUUUUGUUAAUUUAAAUGGAAAGCAGGUGGAGAUCAAGAAGGCUGAACCGCGCGACGGAUCUGGUGGUAACAAAAUGGGUGGAGACCCGUCGACCGCGUGGGGGCCUCCUCAAGCCCCAAUGGGAAUGAUGCAGGGUCCUAAUGGACAGAUGGGUGGUCCUCCAAUGAACAUUGGCGCGCCCAUGGGUCCUAAUAUGAUGCAAAGCUACCAAGGUUGGGGCACCUCGCCACAGCAACAAAGCUAUGCAAGCUAUGGCACACCAUCUGGACCAGGAUCUUAUCAAGGGUGGGGAGCUCCUCCAGCACCUCAAGGCCCACCUCCACAAUGGGGUAAUAACUACGGUGGACCACCACAACAACAAGGUUAUGGUUCUUAUGGUCCAAGUGCGGGUAGUGGAACAGCCAGUUGGAAUAGUUGGAAUAUGGCUCAGAGUAACGCUUCGACUGGCCCCUCAGGCUACAUCGCUGGCGAUAUGUACUCCAGAGGGCAAUCGGGACCUGCUGGUCCUGGUACACCGAGUGGCCCCCCCAACAUGUCAUCGUCAGGCACCAAUUCAAAGCCCGGAUCUGACUACAAUUAUGCAGGUUACGGAUCGUAUUCGACCGAAGCAGGCUACGGCGCCCCACCAAGGUCGUAUGGCAGUGACGCAGGCUCCCAAGUAGGAGGAUAUUCAUCGCAACCCCCAAAUCCAGGAAACCACUCAGCAGCCGCAGGAGACUAUGUUAAUGGACCUCAACGCGGCACCAGCACGUACGGGACAUUCCAGUCCUACCACCCGUACAGACGUUAAAUGCAAACGUUACCAAUUAGUUUUUGUUGUUUCCGUUGCUUCUGCACGCAAACCAAUUUCCAGAUACGAAGUUCGUUGACUAGGAUUUAUUAAUUUGUAGCUUAAGUAAGAAUAUAUGUAUGUUUACCCAAACAUUAUCUAAUGUGACUAAUAUUAAGCAUUAUGAACAUUAUAUUUGCAUACUUUGAAAUAAAAUUAAGACCUGUUGAAAAAACUUUCCGUGGAAUGGCUCGAAUCAGUAGAGAUAUUGCUCCUCGGUCAUUGGUUUUUAUUAUAGACUGAUUAACGACCAAAUCUUAAGAGGUUACAUAGGUCUUUUUCAAAAAUCGAUGUUUUAAUUCUAUAUGAAAGUAUAGUACUUCAAGAGUAUUCACACCAAAUUUGAAAUAAAUUCGAGUAAUAUUACCGGAGUUACAGAGAUUUGAAUACCGCGCGAUCGAUACGUGCGCUUCCAGUUUAAAAACUUCAAGUACAUUUUCUCGAAACUUUGUUUUUUGUAGGCACGAUUUCUCGAGAACGAAUCAACUGAUUUUGCUGGCUGAAACUUUGCCCAGUUCAUCUUUAUAGUAUUGUUUUGUAAUCGAACGAAGAAACUGAAAAAAAUAAUGUUGCUUCUCGGAAAAUCAUGACUAUCGCACGCAAAACAACAGUUUCGAGAAAAACACGUUUAAAGUUUUUAAACUAAGAAUGCACGUACCGACCGCACGUAAUUCAAAUCUUGAUAACUUUGGUAAUAUUGCUCUAAUUUACUUCAAAUUGGGUGUGGAUACUCUUGUACUAUACUUUGAGUGGAAUUAAAAACUCCAUUUUUUUUAAUACAAGACGCAUGUACCGCUUAAAUUACCAUCAAUAUACUCGCGAAGUAUAAACCAGUCUUUUAAUUUUAUCUUCCCUUUUUGGUUUCGUAGUUCAGCAUUAAUUGGAGGUGAAGUUCAGUCAUGGUCAAUUCGUUUAUUUUGUGUAUACAUUGAUUCUCUUAAGAAAUCACUUUAAAAAGCCCUGGUUUGACUCCAGAAUGACAAUUGUGUUUGGUCGUAGAUUUCAUUAGUUGCUAUAUUCGGGAAUGGAAAGUUUUUACACAGUCCAUAGCCGUUAUUGAUUCUUUAUUCGGAUUCUGUUGCGCUCCCAGUCUUGUGUAAAAAGUGUCGUAAGUAAAUGUAUCUUUUUUUAUCUAAACGACUUUUAGCCUUCAUAUUUCUUUUAGUACUUAUCUAUUUUCACUCUUCUAAAUCGAAAGGACAGUUUUUCGUUUUUUUCUACCUUUUUAACCCAUCAAAAAGUUAUAAGUGUGGCUUUGUUACUAGUCACAUAUUUGUCAUUUGGGUAUGGAUAAUUAUAUCUAUGGAUUAGAGUUAACUAUUCCCCCUUUCCUGUUAUUGGGUACAGCCUUUUUUUAUAAUAAAUACGUUUUUUUGGAAUAAAUUUUCAGAUAAGUUUUGUCUUUUAGAUUUAGCCAAACCACAGCGCCAAUCGCCCCGGUUUUAAAGGAUUUCAGGUACCUAUGUUAAGCAAUUUGUCAGAAGUUUCUUAGGCGUAGAAAAGUACUUUCCACAGUUAUCUAAAGGAAGUUUUGAAAAGUUGUAGUCGUUUUGGUAUUAUUAAGUGAAAAGCUAAAAAUAUCAACACAUAUUUCGCGUUAAUAUUUUUUUAUUAUGGUACUUACCAUAUGCAUAUAAGAAAAUCUAGUUUUUUCUUGGUUUCUCCUUCAGUUGUAACAGUUUUACUGCCCUUUGUUAUAUCACGUAAAUUUAAUCUAAGCUUUUUAGCUGCAUUAUUCAUUCUUUCAAAAAACCAAGUUUUACAUUGCAAUAAUUAUUCUUAGCCAUUUUGGGGGUUAAAUCGAUACAAAACUAUAAUAGUCACUCAUCAGUGUAAUUUUUUAAACGAAUAUACUAUUAUUAUAUCACUCAACAAACUGUUUCUGGUUGUAGUAAUUAAAGAACUGGUCAAUAAACAAAAAAGGUGAGUUUUUGUAUAAUCACUUAUGUAGGUUCAACCAUCCGCAUCGACAUUCAUCUUUUUAUCCCUUAAUUGAUGUAAUCUUUUCCCCCAAAUUAUCAAUAUUUCCAACAUAAUUAAUUUGAAACCCUCUUCGGUUCUUCAAAUUAUUUCUAAACCAAAGCAAUAUAUAUGUUGUUUUGAUGAUACAAAAAUUCCAUUUUAUGAAACAUAGACCCUUAUCUUCUUCCCUGGACUCUUCAAUAGUAGUAUGAAAAAAUGAUCUUAGCAUUGUUUGGGUAAACAUAUGCAAAUAAAAUUAGUUUUGCUGCCUAGCAUAUUACAUUUUUUAUAUGUGAUAUUGUAAACUAAAAUUCCACAAUAGUAUUGUAGAGUAUUGUAAAUAUUUUAUGUUAUAACAUGAUGUCCCAAGCAAUUGGGAUUUUUGUAGUUUCAUAAGUUUUUAGUUGUAAGAAAAUACAUUUUUUAUGAAACACGAAGAAAUUUUGACAACA